AUGGCGUCCUCACUCCCAAUUGAGUACACUUCUGAAGAAAACCAUGGAAACAGACUUGUCUUCUGUCAUUUUAUGGUUGGCAUCGUUAGCAACCGCCUAGAUGCCAGUGACUAUGACGAUGAUAUGAAGCGUGCCAAAUAUGCAGGCAUCGACGCUUUUGCCUUGAACAUCGGCACCGAUUCUUACACAGACACACAGCUGGACUUUGCCUACGAAUCUGCCUCCAACAAUGGCAUGAAAGUGUUCAUCUCCUUCGACUUCAAUUGGUGGCAGAUUAGUCAGGGCAGUGCAGUCGGUGCAAAGAUCGCACAGUAUGCCAAUCUUCCCGGCCAGCUCAAGGUUGAUGGGAAGGUAUUUACGUCUUCUUUUGCCGGUGAUGGUGUUGAUAUCGACGCAAUCAGGUCGGCUGCACGCAGCGAUAUCUAUUUUGCACCGAAUUUCCAUCCCGGUCGGGGAGAUUUUGAUAAUGUUCAGGCCGCUCUGAGCUGGAUCGCUUGGGACAAUAAUGGAAACAAUAAAUGCCGGACACCUUACACUGUUGCGGAUGGUGAUAAUUCUUACAAGGCGGUACUUAAGGGAAAGCCCUAUGUUGCAUCGGUAUCACCUUGGUUUUCGACACAUUUCGGUGGCGAAGUCUCUCUCGCCAAAAAUUGGGUGUUCCCCUCGGGCCUCCUCUGGUAUAAACGAUGGAGGGAGACCCUGGAAACCAGCCCCCGCUUCGUGGAGCUCAUCUCUUGGAAUGAUUACGGUGAAUCACACUACAUUGGUCCGCUUUCAUCGCCUCACAUCGACGACGGUUCCUCCAAAUGGGUCAUAGGCAUGCCACAUAACGGUUGGCUCGAUAUGGCCAAGCCUUUCAUCUCAGCUUAUAAAGCUGGCUCAAAGCUGCCGCUGGAGUUCCUCGACGAAGAAAAGCUAAUCUACUGGUACCGACCGACCCCAAAGGAUGUCAACUGUGAUGCAACUGACACAUCAAUGCAAGGAAACCCGAAUAGUAGGAGUGGCGACUUCGUCCGUGCUCGACCCGAUGGCGCUGAUGACAUGACCGACGCGGUGUUCAUAGUAACUUUGCUGAAGACGCCAGCGAUGGUGCAUGUGCAGUCUGGCCGUAAGACGGAAGCUUAUGAGGCAAAGGCCGGAGUGUGGUCGCAUUCUGUGCCGAUGGGUGUGGGUGCGCAGAGAUUCAAGGUUACCCGUGAAGGAAUGACGGUCGAUUCUCUAUGCGGUACUAGUUUGCGGGAUAUUGUCCACACAUGUCCCUGUGGAAUCUACAACUUCAAUGCUUAUGUCGGCACUCUGCCCGCCGAGGCCUCUGCCGACCAGUUGCAGUCAGCUGGAUUAACACGCCUGCUGCAGGGAUUACAAGCCCCAUGUCCUACAAGUACUCUAGUGGCCGGGACGGUUUGA